AUGCAGGAAUUGGGGAACUGCAUUCAGUGGGCUGUUUUGUUCACUCAGGGACGAGAUAAGGGUGGAUUGAAUUCUGUGCUAACAUGUAACUUUUUUCUUCUAAUCCUCCUCCUCCUCUCUUUUCCAGAUAGUCACUUUGAGACUUAUCUCUUGGACUGUGAGCACACUUCAGGCGCCUUACCAAGCCUUUCCCAGACCCCCAAGCAGCCUCAGAAGCGCUCCCGAGCUGCCUUCUCCCACACUCAGGUCAUUGAGUUAGAGAGGAAGUUCAGCCAUCAGAAGUACCUGUCUGCCCCCGAAAGGGCUCACCUGGCCAAGAACCUCAAACUCACUGAGACCCAAGUGAAAAUAUGGUUCCAGAACAGACGCUAUAAGACUAAACGAAAGCAGCUGUCUUCCGAUCUGGGCGACUUAGAGAAGCCCUCCUCCUUACCAGUCCUGAAGGAGGGGGGCUUCUCCAGGGCCUCCCUGAUCUCCAUGUAUAACAGCUACCCUUACUACCCCUACCUUUAUUGCCUGGGCAGCUGGAGCCCUGCUCUCUGGUAACGCCAGCUCAAAGGACAACUGUGUGCGAUCAGAAACUGCCUUCCCCGGAGAGUCUCUGUGGAAAACUGAAGGGGCUGAGGUCAGGAAGAGCUGGGGUCCCAGAGGUGUGCAGACCAAAACUGUUGGGGGUUUCUGUGGAAAUCCCAGAUUCUUCACUGGUGGGCCAGUGAAAGACCUAGGGCAGCGACUAUUUCACUAUCUAAAUAGUUCCCCCAGUGCCUGCCAUAGAUCACUGUUGCUUUUAGCUUACUGUUUGAGGAGAGGAAGAGAAAAACCAAGUGCUGCUACCAGCACUUUGCUUGACUUUGGAUGAGCUGUGUGCCUUGCUCCUGAGGAUUCUGUUGCUGUGGCCCCAUCCUCCUGGGUGAUUGAUAUCAACUCUGAAAGAGCCAACCUAAGGAGAGAAAGACAGCCAAGAUGAGGAUGUCACCUACUGAAGUAAACUUAGGUUCAAAAAACUCCUAUUGGCCUUGGAAUGUGGCCCAGGUUUCUCUCUAUUCCUGUAAAAGUGAGGAAGGUCUCAAUGAAAAGCCCUCAUGCUCUGGACAGGUUGGCAUGGGACAGGGGUGGGGAGGUGAAAAUCUGAGCUGCUUAUUCCUUUUUCAGUAGUAUGCCAAUUUAAGUAUUUACAGGGUGGCCUGAGUAGAACAAGAUGCACUCGCUGUGGUUUUUAAGACAAGCUGUAUAAACAGAACUGGACCAGAAGGGGUGGGACUGUGCCAGAAGAACCUCCGCGUGUCCAAGCAGGGGCCUAAGGAGGGUCCUGUUGCCUGUUUUAUUGGCAAAAAGUGGACGGGCGUCUGCCAACCCCAUCUGCCCUAGCUGGAAAAUUUAGAAUGAGAGGUUCCUGGGGUUUUUAGGGUAGAAUUUGUUCUCCAUUGUAACAGAGGUGACACUUUUUUUUUCAUUUUUUUUUCUUUUUUAGGGUAAGGUCUUUUCUUCCCUCCUUUUAUUUUAUUUUAUUUAUUCUUUUCUUUUCUGCAGCAAUUACCCACUGAAGGGCUUCUUUUCAGUCUAGGCUUUUAGUUUGGCUACACCUAAUAGGCCUUUCUUAUUUAGCCCGAGAUCUGGUCUUUCUUUUUCUCUUAUCACACCCAGCCUUGGAAAAAAAGGGGGAGGGGGGCAGAUUCUGAGUCGGCCAAAAGACAUACAUUUUCUAAAGUAGCAAUGCUUAUUUCUUUCCUUUAAAAAUAUACAGCAUUAAAUCCCAAAUCCUAUUUAAAGACCUGACAGCUUGAGAAGGUCACUGCUGCAUUUAUAGGACACUGUGGCUCCGUUACACUUCAGAGUCUGACCCUCUUUGGAAAUCCUUGUAGGCAGAGAAGGUAAGGACUAAUGCAUUUUUGCAUUGGAAAAAAGAAUGUAGUGCCCAGGGUCCAAUGUCAUCGACCCGUCUGUCCAGGAGAAAUGAAGGGCUCCCAGAGCGAGCAGGGAAGAAACGUACCUGGGCCGUAGGUAGCCUCAUCCACUGAGCAGGAGAAGGAGGGGAUAUAUGCUCUGCAGGAAGAGGCUAAGAAAAAGGAAACCAUGUCCAAAACAACAUGGUCGUGGCUUCCAUCACCAAAUAAACAACUAUUCACAAGCUUCAGGACCUGUGCUCAGUACUAUAACAGAUCCCCAGAAUGACUUCAGUGAAAACCAGCAGCAAGCCAAAAAAGAAGGUUGGCUGCACUUUUCUGUUGUAUUCCUUCAGGUGACCUGGUAGAGAGGAGCCAUUGGGGGGAAUAACCCAAAAACAUUGCUUAUGAGGUACCCUGAGGCUGGGAAGUCUAUUGCUCCCACUACUUAAUCCCGUGCAGUGAGAAACGUUUCAAUUUCCUCCUAUUAAAAGGGCCAGUUUACUGUUGGUGGCCAAACUCCUAAAGUGAGUUGAUAGAAAGUUAGCCAGUUUCAGCCCAUUUUUCCAUGGCUUGUGCUCCAAGUUGAAAUGUCCAGUGCCAUGAGCUGCCGCCCCCCCUCCUCCACAGUACUAUAGAUGGCUCCAAAUGUGGAGGAGCCUCAAUUGCUGUCUGCUUUGGACAGUCUCUUAAGCAUUUAGUGCUGCUUCUCCACUUCGUACUCUUUCUUCCCUCUCUGAAUUCUUUCAACCUGCAGUUCUACAAGGAUUAAACAUUUACCUGUGAUGUGUAUUGUGUUGCAAAAAGAAAGUUUGUUUCAAAUUAUUUUGUUUAUCAAUCCCCGUUGGAACUAGUCAUUCACCCACACCUGAACUGGUAGAAAAAUAUUUGAAGAAAUAGUUUAUGGGCCUGACGGGUGACCAGGACAGUCUGUUUCUAUCCUGUUUACUAAAUUAGUUCACGAACACUGCUUCAAUAUGUAACAUAAAGGUCUGUGACUUGAAGUUUAGUAAAGUACCCCAGUUGAACUUUAUUUUUCUAUGUAUUUUUUUGCAACAUGAGUGUUUUAAAAAUAAAGUCUCUAUGUCUUUAUUAGA